UGCGGGAUCGAGGGGUUAGAGCAACAGCAAUAGGAGACGCUCCAGACGUCAUGAGAGCCGCCGUGCCAGCCGCGCGAAACGUGUCCGUAUAAAUAAGUAGAGUCCAGAUGGAUCUGCGGCCUGGAGGCUGCAGCAGCACCAACCUCUGACGCAAACUCUCGGGCCUCAUGCUGGGUCUCUCCCUCUCCAUCGUCGCCCAGCCUCUUGCUCGCACUGCUCACAGUGCUCGCGUCCAGACGCCGCCAACACCUGAGCUUGUCAGCUGGCAGCCGACCCUUGAAACGGGCGUGCCGACCCAUGCGCGCCGCGCCCGUGACCGUGAGAGCUGCAAGUGCGCCUUCGCCUCUCGGUGCUUCUGCGAGCGCCUCAUGAUCGUGCCCGCCCGCCACGCGAAUCGUACCACGUUCCGGAUAGAUCACCUGGAGGCGCGCUUCCCCCCGAACCACCAGCUCGCCUGGACCGGCCCGCGCCUUCGUCAAAGUUCCCUGCCGCCGCCAAAAUUGACUUUUUGCGGCAACAACGGUGAUGUGGACUUGCGUAAGGCUGAGCGACCGACCGGACUCCGCUUGGGGCGUCCCGCUGUUAGCGGGGUUUCAGGCGCUUGAAAUACGAACCUGUCCACUUGGCAUUCGUGGAACCGACGACAAGCUUCUGCAGUCUGCACAAUCUCACAUCAGAUUUGGUUUCAGGCGGCAGCUAGUGCAACGGUGCAGUCAUGAGAGGAAGUUAGGGAGUCUUGUAUCGGUGAUGUUUCUUAUCUUUUAGGGUACUAGCCCGGCUGAUCUUUGGUGUGUGAACAACACCUGAACUCCUCUCCUCUGUUUCGCGGUACAAGUCGAUGUAUGAAGCUAUCCAAGCAUCAUCCCGUCAAAGCAGUCGUUUUCCUACUUUUACUGUCAAAUUUUGUGAGUUGCUAAUCAAUUGUCUACCGAGGAAACCCCUACCACAUCAAACGUUUUCGAGGACAC